GCUGCCUAAAUGAGCAAGAUGACAUAAGCCUGACUGCCAAAGCCACGAGUCGCGGACGCCUUCUGCCACAGUCUGCCAUCGACGCCACCCAAUUUCCCCAGCCGCCGCACGACGUCAGCCACAGGUUUAGCCACAACGAAAUCAAGCUCGAAUUGACGAGCGCAAUCAAGCCCCAAUAAAUUCAGAACAAAAAAAAGAUCAACUUAAGUCUGAACGGGCGAUCUAUCUACAUAGAAUCCAUCCAAGAUGGUCCGACAAACGAAACAGACACCGGAAGAGAAAAAAGAGUCUCAGAAGAGAAAGACGGUUCAGAAGAAAAAGGUGACAGAGACUGGGGUAUGGCCGUGCAAAAUCGAUGGUUGUAACAAGCAGUUUGCGAGAGAGGCCGAUCUUAAAAGGCACCAGCGAACUACCAAAUUACACUCCGUGCCAGGAUUUGCAUGUCCCCAAUGUGAUGCUACAUUUACACGAACUGAUGCACUACGUAGGCAUCAGAAGUCGAGACACAACGGUGUAAUCAUCGAACCUACGGAGGUCGAGAAGAAGAAGGGUAGCACCGAGAACGAGCCUCGGGCGUCAGGGUCGCAAUCUCACAGCCGAAGUCCAUCACCGUCGUCGGAGAAUCCACCCGAUAUUAUUGCUCCCCCUCUCGGUGCCAUUGGUGGUCCUCAAGGUCCACACAGUUAUUAUCGUCAACACACUAUGCCCGCAGGUGCAUACAUGACACCUCCACUUGGAGUCAUCGUUGAAGGUCAAUAUCCCCCCAGCGUUGGACUGCCAACAUCGUCGGCCCGAUUACACCAGGCAACGUGGCCCCCAGGUGCCUGGAUUCCUGACGGGUCGCAACCGCCGCCGCCCAUGGCAACUAUGGGCUAUCCACAUCCUUAUUAUUCAUAUUACCGCGGAAUACCUCACCCACCACCCCCUGAACUCAUGGCACAUCUACAAAACGGUGUCCAGCCGCAUUCUCCCUCACCUUGUGAUGAAUCAUCAAGCAUAAGUAGUCCUGGUUUGGCGAGUAUGCACAGUGGCGGUAACCACUCAGCAUCGGGGCGAACAGGAAACUUCCAGGGGAAUGAAUCAAGGUCUCCUGUCAUCGACCCUUCAUUAGACAUCUCACCAGUGUCACCAAAUACAAACCGCAAGACCGUAUCCCUCAAGGUCACUCACGCCGCCGUAGACGUCGCCUUGAAGUCAUCAGAAAGAGAGUCGCCGUGUGCGCCAGAUAGCAUCCAUUCACCACUCAGCCAUGUGGACCCUCGAUCAGUAUCACACCAUUCUAGCUCAGCUUCUAAUGGAGAACCAUCCGGACUAUUUUAUCCCUCGAGAUCACCGCCUCAUACUCACAGUUUCGAACGUCCACCUGAAAUGGAACACAUGCUCACUGAAGAUGGAGAGCCCAUGCUAAAUCCAGCCGAGCUUCUGACUCAGGAAUCCCUUGCAUCCCCUCCUCCAUCGCUAUAACAGUACUCUAUAUUAUUCACGCUAUUUCCCUUCGUUCUUCACAUGCAUUACCUUACUGUACUCACGCAUACAUAGCUUGCCUUCCGUGCAUAAAACAUUGGAAACUUUUGUAACACUCGCCCUAAUC